AUGAUAGUUGAACUCGAAGCAGCUGGAGAAACGCUAAAAGAGACAAGUAAGAUUGCAAGAUUACUCUUAACACUGCCAACAACCUACGAUCCAGUUGUAACAGCGAUUCAGACAAUAGCUGACGAUAAAUUAACUUUACCAUUCGUAAAAACAAGGCUGCUAGACUACGAGAUAAAAUUAAGAAAUGAAAGAAACGACACGAGCGGAAAAGUUUUACAAACAGAGUCUUUUUGUAAAGAAAAAGGAAUUCAGUAUCACUUGACAGUACCGUACACACCUCAACAAAAUUCGAUAGCAGAACGCAUGAAUAAGUCAUUAACUGAGAAGGCGCGUGCUAUGAGAAAUGGGGCAGAAUUAGGCAAAGAACUGUGGGGGGAAGCAAUUUUAACUGCAGCUUAUUUACUUAACCUUUCACCAACUAAAGCCCUUUCAGUAAGCAAGACUCCUUAUGAAUUAUGGCACAAUAAAAAGGCUAGACUCGAUCACUUAAAGGUUUUCGGGAGUACUGUUUAUGUUCUCAAUAAAAACAAAAAAGAUGGAGUUGAUAAAACGUCGUUUACAGACGAAAUAAAAUCUCAAGAAAACCCAAAAGAAAGUUGGGUGCGACGAAGUGCACGUAUUAAAAACAUGCCUAAAAUAUCUUAUAAUGAAGAGCAUUGUUAUCAAAUAAGUGCACAGUCAGUUGUUUCUGAAAUUCCCAAAACUUACGAUGAAAUAAAAGAUCGAGAUGAUAAGUCUGAGUGGGAGAAAGCAAUGAAAGAUGAAAUUGCUUCCCUUGUAGAAAAUAAUACUUGGAAUAUAGUGACUUGCCCGACCCACAAAAACGUUGUAGGUUGGCUUACCCCAGGUGGUUUAAUUUCAUUUGUUAGCAAAGGAUAUGGCGAACGUGCUUCAGAUAAAGCGAUAUUUGAACAGAGUGAGUUGAUUGAAAAACUCGAGGAAAGCGGUGAAGACAAUGACAGGAAACAAGCUGUCAUACUCGUACUCACAGGAAUAAUUUUAACUGUAAUUGUAUCAUCAAAAGAACUCAAAAAUUGGUACAACAGAAGAAAAAUAUUGAUCAAAUUUGCGAAGACACUUCCUGGCCCACCAACACUUCCACUAAUUGGAAAUGCCUUUCAGUUUUCUUGCAGUCCUGAAGAUAUUUUAAAUAAAAUUGUACAAGUUGCUUCGUCAUACGAUGUCCCGUUUCGUUUCUGGUUGGGUCCGAAAUUAUUUGUGGGAAUAACAGAUCCACACGAUUAUCAGAUUAUCCUUGGAAGCUCCAAAGCUUCUCACAAGGAUCCUGUCUAUAGAUUCAUGGAGCCAUUCAUCGGAAAAGGACUCGUCAGCGGUUCAGGACCUACUCACAGGGAUCAUAGAAAGAUGAUAAUGCCUAUGCUGAGCAACAAAGCGCUUUUGCUCUUUGUUAAUUAUUUUGAUAACCAUAGUCGAUAUUGCGCAGAUCUGUUGGAGAAAAAAAAUAAUUCUGGAGAAUUUGACAUUUUACCAUUCAUGACUAAUUGUACUAUAGAUAUAAUUUUUGACACAAUUAUUGGAUUGCCAGGACAUUCUCAAAAGAAUGGUUAUCAAGACCUCGUUUACUGGACUGAAGCAAUGUACGAACUCAUACAUCUAAGAAUGAUGAAAGUUUGGUUGCAUCCCGAGUGGAUUUUUUCAAAUACGAGCUUAGGAAAAAAACAAAAAAUGGGACAAAGCGUCAUUCGUGGUUUUAUCGAAAACGCAAUAUCGUAUAAGAAGCACGAACAUCGUAUUUUAGAACAAAGCACUGCAAUUACAGAAAGACCGAGGCUUAUGUUAUUGGAACAAUUAAUUGAUCAUGUUGAGAAAACAAACAUGAAAAUUAACGAUGAAGAGAUUAGAGAUGAAAUUUAUACUCUCUUCACAGCUGCACAAGAUACCACAGCUGUUAUCAGUUCAUUUACAUUGCUGAUGUUAGCGAUGCAUUCAAAAGUACAGAAAAAAGUACGAAAAGAACUAUUUGACGUCCUCGGUGAUAAAGAUGUGAAAGCAGAACUCCUUCCUGAUUUAAGAUACCUUGAUUUGGUCAUUCGGGAAACUUUGCGCCUCUACCCUAUUGCCCCAUUGAUGGUACGAAAAAUUACAGGAGACAUUAAACUUGGUAACGUUUCUCUUCUCGAAGGAAUUUCUGUAGUUAUGCUGCCUUUCAUUACUCAUCGAAGUACAAAAUUCUGGAAAAAUCCUGAAAAGUUUGAGCCGGAGCGAUUUUUGAAGGAAAAUUCUAAAAAUCGUCAUUCUUACGCGUACAUUCCUUUCAGUGCAGGUUCGAGGAGUUGCAUCGGUCAAAAAUAUGCACUGAUGUGUUUGAAAAUUAUAAUCGCCAACAUUAUUAGGAGAUAUCGAAUAACCACGUCCGCCAAGUUAGAGAAUCUUCGAUUGAAAGCUGAUAUUUCUGUCCGAUCUCGGGACGGUUAUAAAAUAUCAAUUUCUAAAAUUAAAGAAAAUUAAACAUAUAUGUUAUGUUAAUAUUUUAUUUAAAAAAAUAUUAUUUUGCAGUUUCAUUUUUCGUCGUUAUUCGAUUGUACCUCUUCGAGCAAGAGAUUAGAUUAAAAUAUUUCUUUAUGUAAAAAGAAUAUAAUAUUGAGUACUAAGAUUUAUUCAUAAAUAUGUUGACAUAUAAUAUUGGCUACAAGUUUGUUGUGACAGAGUGACAGCUCUCGUACUUUUGUGAUUUUUGGUGAUAUAUCUACAUCAAUUUUGUUUAUAACGCUUUGGAUAAGAGGCAUUUUAAUCUUCUAUGAAUUUCUGGUUAAUAAUAAUUUAGAAAAACUUGAGAAGCUGAAGCAGAACUGCCUUUAUGGGUCGUAGCUUGGCGUCGAAUACGUUUUGGAGUCGUUGCGUUACGUUAUGAGGAACGAUACAUAUUGUGAUUGGAUGCAUCCUGAUCUUUUCUGUAUAAAAUGCACAACAGACUCGAGAAGAAACGAACUCGAAAUCCGAAGAGGAUAGUUGGCCAAAUGUCUGUACGAAAAUUCGCUCAGCAAAACUAUGCAGCAUUCAAUCGUAAUUC